AUGAAAGGGCCGUCGGGCGGGCCGGCGUCGGAGGUGAUCCGCGAGGGCGAGCUGGAGAAGCGCAGCGACAGCCUCUUCCAGCUCUGGAAGAAGAAGCAGGUGGUGCUGAGCAAGGAGAGCCUGAGCCUCUUCUCGUCCGAGGGCGGCGGCGGCGGCGGCGGCGGCGGCAGGGCCCGCGCCAAGGAGCUGCGCUUCGGCUCCAUCCAGAAGGUGGACUGCGUGGAGCGCACCGGCAAGUACGUCUACUUCACCAUCGUCACCACGGACCGCAAGGAGAUC